AUGAACUCCUCUCUCUCUCUCGUCACAUCAAUGUUUGGUGAAACCCUGGAGUUAGCAAAUAAAUCAAUUCAAUUCCCAGACUCUUGAUCUUUUCAUUUUUAAAUGACCCAAAUUCAACAAAUUCCAACCAACAUGCCUCAUUGUUCCCCAGAUUAAAGAUACUGUUUGCAUUUAAUUACAUCCAGGCCUUGCUCAAAUUUUUAGUCUAUUAUAUCUUCUUUUCGCGUGUACCGGUGGCUAAGUUGAAGGAUUACGUGAUGGAAGAGGAGGUGGAGAAGAAAGCUGGUCGAUCUGAAGUACCAAAAGCUCCUCCAGAACCAGAGAACGGAGCUGAGGAGAAGAUCGUUAUAUCUGCUCCCAGCAAGAGGGUCGCUUUUGCGGCUGAUAGGGAGAUUAUAAAUACUGUUGAGAAUGGCUCAGGAACAGAGAGAGAUGCUGUGCUUGCCCAAGUGGAAGCAGAGAAGAGGCUGGCUUUGAUCAGAGCUUGGGAAGAGAGUGAAAAAUCCCAAGCUGAGAGCAAGGCAUACAAGAAGCUAGCCAUCACUGGGUCCUGGGAAAACACCCAGAUAGCUUCUGUUGAGGCUCAGAUAAAGCAAAUCGAGGAGGAGAUAGAAAAGAAGAAGGCCGAGCAGGCGGAGAAAAUGAAGAUCAAACUAGUUGAAAUUCACAAGGAAGCGGAAGUAAAGAAGGCAACAAUUGAAGCGAAACGACGCGAAGACAUCAUCAAGGUACGAGAGGCGGCUGCGAAGUUCCGCACCACGGGUUAUAUACCGAGGAAGCUCCUCAGAUGCUUCAGCAGCUGAGUUUCCUCGACCAAAACUGAUUCAAGAAAAAUGUAUUUUUGAAAGUGCAAGCAUGCUCACGUUCUCCUUUCGGGAUCCGAGGCUUUUGAGGACUUUCUGCUUGUACAGUUAAAAAUGUGUGAACAAUUUUGCUUGAACAGGUUUGAAGAUUUGUAAUACAGGCUUGUGAAAUCUUGUAUCAUAUGAUACAUAAGAGCUCGAGACUUGAGAGUUAUCAAGCAUCAA